CCGUGUGACGUACACUCAGCGCUCUACAUAAAGCCGCGAAUUUGGAGCACGAAUCUUCCAAAUACCGCAUCCGACGCGUGAAAGCAAUGGCGCUGGUACCUAACGGUUUGCUCUACUUUAUCCUAAUGACGAGUUGGAUCAGCAGAUCGCUUAUGUCGCCUGUGGCGAAACAACAUACAGCAGCUUUUGAUGAAAUAGCCAGAGUCAAUCAGAAUUAUGCUAAAUAUCAAGAAGGCAGCGAGUGGCAGGUGGAUAUGAAACUGCCAAGGAGAAAUGUAGGAAGAAAGGGAGUUGAUGGCUCGGCUCCCAUAAGAGACAGGUCAAACCUAUGGCCAAAGGGAAUCAUACCGUAUACAAUAGCAUACAGCAUUCCUGGAAACAGCAAAAUUCGUCAACUUCUAAAAGAUGCCAUGGCAGAAUACGAAAAACAUACCUGUAUCAAAUUCGUAGAAAGGGAGAAUCAGGUGGAUUACGUGGAAUUUUAUUACGGUGAAGGUUGUAACUCUGAUGUUGGCCGAAUUGGUGGUAGACAAACCACUUCCCUUGGACGAGGAUGCGCGCACCAUGGUAUUGUGGUCCAUGAACUGGGGCAUUUGGUUGGUUUUUGGCACGAACAGAACCGCCCCGAUAGAGAUAACUAUAUUGAAAUCAAGGAGGAAAACAUAAUACCCAAGUUCAAGUACGCGUUUCACAAAUACAGUUCACGGAGGAUUGACAGUCUUGGUGUGGAGUACGAUUAUAAGUCUGUCAUGCACUACGGCGCGAAAGCCUUCUCUAAAAACGGUUUACCGACCAUUGUGGCACGACAACGGUCCAUUAAAACGUUUGGCAAUACUAACUUGAGUAUACUGGACAUCCAGCAAGUAAACCUCCUGUACAGGUGUCCAGAUUAUCCAAAGUUCCCGCAAGAUUUUGUUUGGAGUAGCAAUGGGCAGAUGAGGAAGAACGCGACUUACAGUAUUUAUGCGAGAUGUAUUCGAAUAACUCACCAUAGAUCAGCUAGUUGGAGAGACAACUAUAUGUGCUACAGAAAGGACAAGAAAUCUCUCUCGCUCAGUUUUUCAACCAGAGGACCCGUACCUGGCAAAAAGUGCCUCCAAAUUCGCACACCAACGAAAUCCUACUAUGAGAUCUGGGACAGAUCUUAUCUCUGUUGGCCACAUGACGGAAUUUACAAAUUCAAGUGGUUAACGCAUGCGCCAACUGCUGAGGAAAGAGCCAAUUGUUUGGAAUGGAGUGAACCACGUGAUCCGACUUGGGGACGCAACAGAUAUUUCCUGUGUGCUACAAAAGAUCGAAAACCCAUCGACGGCAACUGGACCCGGUGGACGCCCUGGACAACAUGCACACGUAAGUGUGGAGGAGGAGUUCAGAGUCGCCUUCGCUCUUGCACCAAUCCUCAACCGUCCUCCGGGGGUCAGUACUGCGUGGGUAAGGCCUCCGAUACAAGGAUGUGUAACACACAGGAGUGUGCAGAAUGGCCAAAAUUCCCGGAAGACUUCAGCUUUGGUCGAAAACCAAGAGCAGGCCCAAAUGAAACAUGCGUAAGAAUAUUUGAGCGAUUGGACUAUUUCACCUUUAAGGAUUACCUACUGUGUUCGGCGGCGGACAAGAGGCAACCAGAAAUGCGCUGGUCAGACCAAGGAGAAGUUAAUAACAGGGAGUGUACACGAAUCCUUGUUCCUGAGGAUUCACAAGGUACUAAAAGAGGUCGUUGGGACAAUAACUACCUGUGUAUCUCAACAGACGGCGGGUUUCCCUACAGAUUUGUGUGGUCGUAUUCGAACCGCAUUGCAGGCUUACCUUGUUUAAGAUGGUAUGCGAAGAACGGAAGAGAUGGUUGGGACAAAACUUAUUUAUGUGCUGAGGAUCGCUUCAAGUCUCCAGUAACUCCGGUGGUGAUCAUUAAUGGUGGUUGGUCGUUAUGGACUUCAUGGAACACUUGCAGUAAAAGCUGCGGUAGUGGUAAACAGCACAGAGUACGGCAGUGCGACAAUCCAAAACCCAGUAGAAAUGGACGCACUUGCCAGGGAAAACCGUUGGAUGAGAGGUUAUGCAAUGAGCAGAAAUGCCCGUCUGCUUGUGGUCACGAAUUGCAAGCGGUCAGCGGAAGAUUUAAUUCACCCAACUAUCCUAAGCCUUAUCCAGGAAAAAUGAACUGCGAGUGGGUUAUUCGUGUGCCAGAUGGACAAAGAAUUGAAUUUAAGUUUCUCUUCUUUAAUGUUUAUGGCUCUUAUCCAUUAUGCGAUGAUUCCGUCUCAGUGUACGAUGGCCAAACUGUCUCGUCCCGUCGCAUCGGCAAGUUCUGUGGCUCCAAACUCCCGGCUGUUCUUCGUUCAAGUUCCAACGUCCUGCUGGUUAAAUUCCACUCAAAUGUACAGCGUGGUUACUAUGGGUUUAAUGCCAAAUGGGAAGCGAAGAAGGUGGAAGUUAAGGAAACUGCAAAUGAGUGUGGCCGGCAGCUAACGGAGUCUACUGGGACACUGACCAGUCCCGGGUAUCCAGGCAGCUAUCCUCCUAAUGCGGACUGUAUCUGGGUAAUUACGGCGCCACGUGGCCACUACAUUGAGCUGAAAUUCAAAAUAUUUGACAUACAUAAAGUCGGUAGAGGUUGCCGAUACGAUUAUGUCGAAGUACGUGAUGGUAACUCAAGGAAUUCACCAUCAUUAGGAAGACAUUGUGGACAAUCAGUUGAUGAAAAGUUCCAAACAAUGUCCAACCACGCUCGCAUACGUCUGCAUUCCGACGGUUCCCGCGAGAGGAAAGGAUUUGUUCUUACAUGGAGGAGUCUCCGAAAACCCGUCGUUACACAGGAGCCAACCACUAAACCGCUAUGUCCCCGUGGGUGGGUUUCCCACCUAAUGAACGGAACAGACAUGGUGUACUGUUACCUGGUCAGACACAACACGCACACGUGGUACAUGGCAAGAAAUGAUUGCAUAAGAUCUCGCUCUGACCUGCUGAGCAUCAGUAACGCCAAAGAACAAGAAUUUGUCACAAAACAUCUGCUGGCUGAGUCAUUCAUGUGGAUUGGCUACAAUGAUAUACAAAGGGAAGGACAAUGGGCGUGGAGCGACAGAACUCAUCAAAGUUAUAAAAACUGGGCGACGGGUGAUCCAAACAAUGGGGGUCGGUCCAGAAAAAAAGACGAGGACUGCGCUGUCUUGAAGUCCGACGGAAAAUGGAAUGACUACCCGUGCACCACACGCUUCAAAUACAUCUGCAAGGCGAGAGCAAGUCGUCUGUCUGUUGAAGGGUUGCACUCCAGGAGGCGAGAUCCAAGAUAAAAGGCAGCCAUUCAGUAAAGCUGUACAUCGCGAAUUUGUAUGUUUAUCACUCAAUAUCAAAUAUGACUAUGAUGACUAGACGGACUAUCCCCUUGACGUUGUAAAGCAGGUCCUGUACGAGAAGAGCGGGGACAGACGGCUCCCUUUCCCUACAGGUGGUUCGGCGCCAGUAAGACUGAGAAUGAAAGGGUUGUAUCAUAAUCAUGGAGGAACGCUGUAAGAUAUACAGACUUUUUACGCUUUUUAUCAAACAUCAGGAAACACAUAUGAACCGGAUAAACAACACAAAUGAGCGAUAUUGCUUUAACUGAAUGAGAAACACUUACCACAGAUUCACUUUUAGUGCUCUGUAGGUUUCCCUCACUUGGAGUCACGAAGAAAUCGCAGUUGUUUUACUACAUCAUUAUAACCUAUUAAGAAAAAUGUUGUCAGACUGUUGUUUCGAUGGAAAUUAAUUUUACUUACCUAAUUGAAAUAGUGUAUCAUGCUCCACGAAUUGCCCAAACUGUGCGGCAUGAGCUGAUGUCAUCUUUAGCGCGUAGUUAUCAAUUCAUGAAAAAUCUAGCGACGAGAAAGAAGCAUUUUAGUUAUGAAAGACCGACUACCCUCGAGAAGUACUGCACAAAUAAUAGCGAGAAGAUGGGAAUUUAAGAAAGUGACUAGGAGACUCGAGAAAGUGUAGAUAACAUCUUCCAGUGGCACGUUGGUCUUCGUUAUCAGGGUUUAGGUCAAAUUGUAGUGUUCUUUCGAUAGACCACAAAUAACUGCAUAAGAUGUACUAGGUAAACGUUAAAGAGCGCUUGCAAGCGGGUAAGCAAGCGGGUGGUCUUGCGUCGACAUUAGUAUGUGAGAUUCUGUCUGUACUAACAAUAACAAUAACCACUCCACUACUUACUUUGUUCAAGAACCUAAGACCUGGCUAUAUGCUCAUUUACUUGGCCGACUUCUGUAGUACUUUUAAAAUAUUGUGUAAAAGUACAGCUUAAAACUGGACGGCAUUAUGCUAAAAUAUGUGAAUAAGUGCAAAGAGAAUAAAUAUUUAACUGACAUGUUUAAAACAAGUCUUGUCUAU